AUGACCGAAGUUGUGACAAUCAGUGGGAAACAGGUUCUUAAGCGAAGCGAUCAAGACGAAAAGGACGGCUUUUCUUUCCUGAGUAUAGUAGAAAGUGUCGAUAAAUUAUCCAUGGAUUAUUUCUCCGAUGAGCAUUUCCUUGAAAAUGUUUACAGUCUGAAAACGCAUGAUGGGACCCAAAUUGGGUUUGUGCUAAAAUGUGUGAUUAAGGAAUUCUUGUCGUGUGCCAAGAAUGAAUUUGAUCAAGUUUUUAGGCUUCUGGAGUCUGAUAAAGCUUUACAAUUUUUGAGCGAGGAUUACGAUCAAAGAAACUGCCAAUUGAACCAAUUGGCUUUGCAAUUACGUGAAAAGUCUAGUUUUGAAUGUUUGAAAGGUUGGAGAAACGAGUUUUACACCGUUUUCGAAAAGGAUAAAAGAAAGUAUGUCUUGGUCGAAAGGGCCAUUGCUGGCCUUCUUGGCAUAGUGACAUACGGUGUUCACAUCAAUGGGUUUGUCAAAGACCGCGAAACUGGAGACCUCAAGUUCUGGGUGCCAAGAAGAUCUGCAACGAAGGCUACUUGGCCCUCAAUGCUCGAUAAUACGAUAGCCGGAGGGUUGGGACAUCCACAUGGAAUUUACGAGACCAUUUUCAAAGAGGGUAUGGAAGAGGCCCAUUUGCCUCGGGAGAUUAUCCAAAACUAUCUAGUGGCUGUUGGCGCAGUUACUUACUUCUACUUCCAAGGUGACGACAAAUUCACAUCGGAAUCAUCUUUAGUCACUGGCGAAGUUGAAUAUUUGUUCGACCUUCAAUUGCCCGAAAACGUCAUUCCAAGACCUCACGACGACGAAGUUGAGUCUUUCCAACUCCUCACACUUCAGGAAGUCGUAACGUCGAUCAGGCGACUCGCAUUCAAACCAAAUUGUGCGCUUGUCCUAGUAGAGUUCCUGAUCAGACAUGGCUUCAUUACGGCAGAAAACGAACCCAACUACUUGGUUAUACUCAACAGAAUACACAGAAAUCUUCCCUUGCCAUUGAUGGGUUAG